AUGGCCUCUGACAAGAAACAGAGAGAGCCGUUCUGGCUGGGCGGUGCUGCUGCUUGCAUGGCAGUCAUUCUUGUGCGGAUGUGUGCGGAUGGAGCCAAGGCGCCAGCCCAGCAAUUUCAGUAUUCCAACGCGAUUGACGCUUUGGCGAGAGUUUACAGAGAUGAGGGAAUGGGUGCCUUCUGGAAGGGCCUCACGCCUAACAUUGCGAGAAGCGUUUUGAUGAGUGAGUAUGUCUCGCAGAUAGCUACAUACUCUUCCACCAAGCAAUAUCUGACAGGCCACCUUGGUUUCGGAGACGACACCAAGACCCAUGCCAUCUCAUCCCUGAUGGCUGGCACAAUGGCCACAACACUCUGCGCCCCAGCAGACGUCUUGAAGAGCCGAAUUCAAUCAAGCGCUGGAAAAGAAGGUCUCCUCCAAGUCCUCCGCUCCGGUCUCCGAGAAGAAGGUGCCCUGUUCCUCAUGAGAGGCUGGACGCCCGCAUGGCUACGCCUAACGUACGUCUCCCCGUCUCCUUUUCAAACUUGUCUGACUGUUUAG